AUGAAUAACUCCAAAAUACCUAAACUUUCCUUUCAUAGUGAUCCUAGCGGUAUUAGUCGAGACUUUCCGAAGACAAAACGACAGAAGAUUCAGAAAAGAGAAAUGGAUAUGGUUCUAACUCCCAAUAACAACAAGUUAAAUAUAUUGCAUGCUUCUGAAUCUGGAAUACGACGUCGCUACACAGAUGACAUCUCCGCUACACAUAAAAAGAAAUUGACUUUUGGGGGAGACCCCAAAGUUAUUGAAAGAGUUAAGAACAAUGAACGUAAGGUCAGAAAGGACAUAGAUUCGUUAUUGAACGCUAUUUCUGAAAUUGAAAAGGAAUCUGUUCGUAUUCAUGACAGAGAAUUGCCCGCAAUAACAUUAGAACUAGAUGCGAAGGUCAAAGCGUGCAGGGAGCUACAAAAUGAGAUUGACGGGCUAUCAACGGAGAUGGACUUGAAGGAUAAUCAAUGUGAUCUUCAAAGGAGAAAUGUUGAACUAUCGUCGAAAAAUAUAGUGUCUAUGCAUGCAGUAAAAGUUCAAGAGUUCGAAAACGAUUUAGAAGAGGAGCUAUCGAAUGCCAAAAGGGAAUGGACGUAUAAAUUAAUGGAAGUAGAAAAUUUGAAACCUGAUGAAAAGUUAACUGAUGAAAUGCGACAGCUUAAAACAGAAUUCGAAGACGUCAAUAGAAAAUUAUUUAUUCUUCAGAAUGAGAAUGAGUGGGAGUGUAAAGAAUAUGAAAACAAAUUGAACAAGGAAUUCAAAAUGUUCAAAAAAAUUAAGAACGAUGCUAGGAUUGAAUUAGAUAGGGAGAAAGAAAGGCUUACGAAAAUUCUAAAAGAGCUACAAGACUCCCAUGAUGAAUUGAAAAAAAAUAUUAAGAAAUGUGGAGAUGAGUUUGACGGGUUUGAAAAAAAGAUCGAAGAGGCAGAAAUGAACUUCCAUUGCAUGGAACUUGCUAUUGUUCCUCUUAGAAAAGACCUUGCUUUUACAUCACAGGCAUUGACGCAAGUGCAGGAGGAGAAAAAGCAAGUCGAAGGGGAAGCAAACAAUUGGAGGAAAAAGUACGCCAAUGAGCUAGAAAAGGUUCAACAGGAAUUGUACACACGACAGAAUCUGGCCACUUCAAUCGAAGAAAUCAAAGGUUAUACCCGAUGCUUUGCGUAUGCUAAUGAGCGAGAAAUGCCCGAUGAAUUCCAUGUCGAUUAUGUAGACCAGUGCAUUUGCGAGAAUAGUGGUGAAAAACGUGUACAAGCUUUUGAUAGAGUAAUCCUCGAAGAAAUUCAUAAGGAUCAUAAACGGCUAUAUAACGAAUGCAUUCCAUUCUUAGGAAAGUACAUUAGCAAAUUGAUCAACUGCAGCAUUAUAGUGGUCUCGCAGCAACCCACAGCACCUAUGAAGAUGACUUUGUUAAAACAGUUAGUUGAGCAGUAUGGUGAAAAUUAUAAGAUGACGUUAAAAAUUUUAGGCUUCGAUGGGAGCAUUAGACACAAUGACGUUGGAUUAGAUAACCUAGCAGAGAUUAGAGAUCUGUCACAAGAUGAAGAAUGCAUGAGCAUUUUGACUUUAGAUACCAAGUUGAGAAAGGGUGAAGAGUCCCAUUCAAUGAAUAUAUAUAUCGGUAGUAUGUCCACUCUACAGCUGAAUAAAGGGCUUGAUGAUGCCCCAUCAGUCCUUUCACAUGUGCUCAUUAAAACAAAGCAGUGCUUCGUCUUCAAGAUCAACGCUGGUGAAAACAUCGAGAAGGCUCUAGCCAUAGCGGGAAAACUGAAAAGAACAAUCCGAUUACCUCAGCUAGAUUAA